AGCAAGAGUUUAAGUCGCCCUGCUGUCAGUUGUACGAGCCAUGGACGUCUAGAGCUACGAGCAUUUCCAAGGGUUCGAUGACUUGGUCAGCAUGCGGGUGUUGCUUUUGAAGGAGCCCAGAGAUGGGGAGGCUGGACCUGAUCCGUAUAUCCAGGAGUUGGCAGCCCGUGGGCAUGAAGCAACCAUGAUCCCAGUUCUGUCCUUUAAGUUUGUCUCGUUAAACAACUUGUCGGACAAGCUGUUCCAACCAGACAAACAUGGGGGUCUUAUCUUCACCAGCCCCCGAGCAGUCGAGGCCGUGAAGAUGUGCGUAGAAGCGGAAGGACGGGGAGAGGAAUGGCGUUUGAUAAAGGACAAGUGGAAUGCUAAGUCUGUAUAUGUGGUUGGCAAAGCAACGGGUGAUUUGGUCCGACAGCUGGGUCUGAAACCUCUGGGAGAGGACAGCGGCACUGCGGACGUCCUGUCCCGUCUCAUCAUCCAACGAGAGAACGCAUUCCUUUUACCGCUCUUCUUCCCCUGCGGCUCCAUCAAGAGAGAGGUGCUGCCCACGGCAUUAAGAGACAACGGAGUGCCUCUGGAGACGCUGACUGUCUAUCAAACCGCGGAGCAUUCAGACCUCCAAGAGAGUCUCACCAGCUACUUCACUCAGAAGGGAACUCCAGCCAGCAUUGCCUUUUUCAGUCCAUCGGGAGUGAAGUUCUGCCUGGAAACCGUGCGAGAGCUGUCCAGUGAACGUCUGACCCGGAUCAAGUUUGCAGCCAUUGGACCGACCACAGCGGACGCCAUGAUGGCGGAGGGCCUCUGCGUUAGCUGUUCUGCCGACAAGCCGAGUGCUACCGGGCUAGCCGCAGCGAUAGCUAAGGUGCUACUGUGACGUCAACACCCCUCAGUCCAUUCAACAUGCACAUACUUUCCCUCGUCGCCUCUGAGUUAUUUUACCCAUGUUGCAGGGGACCUAAUCAAAUGCUGUUCAGUGUAUGUCUGCGAUUCAAUAGGAGCUAUUUAUAAUAGGGUAGUCAAUCAUGAAUGUAUUGUUAUAUUUAUGCAUAGAUAUUUAAGUGUUUCGCAAAAAAUAAAAUGUGAUUCAAAAGCUGC